AAUUGGGCCCGCGGCGGAAGGGUCGGACCCUCGAGAGCGCCAAAGAAAGCCAAAGCCAAAGCGAAAGCGAAGGGGACGACAACGAGGAGGAGGAGGAGGACGAGGCGAGAACUGAAGAGUUUCAUCGCGGAGGGUUGGAAUCGGGCUUCUUGCGCUCGCGCUCGCGCAAUUGGAUCGAGAAGAUCGGCAUUCGAAGAUGGCGACGGCGGCGUCCGUGCUGGGAGUUCUCCGCGCUGCAAGACCUGCUUUCCGAUCGGCGCAUGACCGCGUCUCGUUCGUUGUGCACUCGGCGUUUCUAGCGUCGGGUUAUUCUCUGACUGCCGUGGGAUCUGCUGCCGGGGCGACGUUUCCAUCUUCUGCGGCAUCUGCAACAGAAGAGACCGAAGUUGGAAUUGAAGGCUGGAAUGAGCUUGAUGGUUCAUAUGCUUUUCAGUAUUCCGAUGGCAGUCAGGCUGGGCUCUGUAAAUCCGUCAUUGUAAAGUGUACCGCCAUUGGUGACUUACUGAUGGUGGAUGCUGCUCCAUUAUCCGAUGCCGAUACUCCCUACAGCUUGGAAAUCAAGGUUAAUGACUAUACAGUCGACAGCAUGACUAGCAACUAUGGUCAGCAGUAUACCAAUUUGGAAGGUUUAGUUGAUCGUCUAAACUCUUCUAUCAUCUCGAAAUUGUCAUCUUCAGCCGGAGAAACGUCAUCGGACACCAAGUCACCCUCAGCGCAGCCUGAAAGGGAGAGAGAAGUUAGGCCUCCUCCGAGAAUAAGCAUUCUAGAAGAUCCACCACGCCCCGGAGGGUUCCAAUACCCUGAGAUUCCAGCAUAUGGUGGAAAUGAUCUCUUGCCCGGGCUUGGAGCUGGCAUUUUUGCGCCCAGAAGAGACGUCGGAGUUGGAGUUGGUGGAACAAUGUUAGUUGGUCCUAACGAUCCAAGAUGGGGCCGUGUGGGAAUCGGUGGUCAGCCGCCUGUGGGAGGCCCUAAUCCUCCAGGAGUGCCUCCCGGAGCGAGGUUUGAUCCUUUUGGUCCUCCUGGUGUACCAGGCUUUGAACCAAACAGAUUUAUAAUGGAUCCUCGACGACCGCCAGGAGGAUCUCAUCCUGAUUUGGAACAUUUUUCUCCCUUCUAGCUUACUGGCUGGUAUUGGAAGUAGCUUCUUUGUUGACAAAAAUGCAUAUGUAUUCUUAUAGAAGUGUUGCCGCCUGUGUUGGGAUUUGUAUCCAUUUUGUCUAAAGAAAACAUAUGUAUAAUACGUAAAUGUAGUGUAGAGCAGUUCCCAUCCAUAAGUCUGUAGAAUACGAACAGAUUACAAUACCACCGACUUAGAGAGGCUUUUGUGUAUAUUUGCGAGUAGAAAAACUUAGUUAAUCUGAAUAGCACUGACAUCAUGCCUUGUAAUCACGACGCCUCAACCAUUUUCGUUGUCUUGAGAGCGCUUACCAGCGCCUCUAGAAUGAAGGAGAAGAGGAAGAUUUUCGAAAUACGUUUCCUUCUUUUGUUUUGUAUAGUGGAUAGAUUUACUUCUUUCUAUUUUUGCAUAUAUCCGAACUUUUUGAUGGGAUCACUACUUUCCUCAGUGUCCAAGCUCUAUGUAGUGAUGCAUGUUAAAAGCGGAGACUUGCAAUAUUGCC